AUGGAUUUUCUAGAGGAGCUCCCUGAACAAAUAUUUAGAGACAUCUUAUUAAGAGUGCCAUACAAAUCUCAACAACAGAUUAAACAGUUAUUGGAACCUGCUAAAGAAACGAUGGAAUGUGUCCAAUUUUAUCAAGAUAGAAUUAAGUUUGGGCUGGCAGAGAAAUAUAUUUGUUUCCUCGAGCAUGGUGCGAUAUCUAUAUACGAUCCAGUCCAUCAAUCCUGUAUAAUGCGCCCUCACAUUCCUACAGGUUUUCAUACCUUAUCAGAUUCGCACAUUCUGUGUGUUAAAAAUAAGCUUAUUUUGGUGGGCUUGACUUCUGAGAGCAAAUAUAGUAUGGAGACUUUGAUAUAUGAUGUAUUAUCUGGUACAUGGAAGCAGGCUGCUCAAAUUCCAAUUGGCAAAAGGAGGUUUGCAUGUUGUGCCACACCUGAGGGAUCGAUUUACAUUGCAGGAGGAUAUGCCAAAUGUGAUAAUGCUGGGGAACCCCGUGAAGCAGCAGUUUAUAAAGUAGAUGAAGACAAGUGGGAGCUUCUUCCUCAGAUGCUAGAAGAAGUUGGCUUCUGUAGGGGUUUUUUUUUUGAAGGAAUGUUUUAUGUCAUUGGUAGUGUAUGUCAAAGAUUUGAUCCUUGCACAGGAGUAUAG